CAGGGUAUAUGGAUGUUGGUUUUUGAUUAUUUUUUUAGGAAUUAUUGUUCAUUUUGGUUGCUUAUAUGAAGAGUUUUACACAAACAAAAUCAGAAUAGGCCAUUGAAAAAUUAGUUUCUUAUAAAGUCUUGAGAUAGACUCCAGAUUUACUUUCUUAGUUCCAAAUCAUCACAAACUCUAUGCUUUUUUUUUAUUUUGUUCCAAUAAAGUAAAUAUCCAUGUACUUAUGUUCAUUUGUUCUGUAUGCAUAAUGAUAAAUAGAAAAUUAAAUAGCUCUUGUGGUGGAUUGAUAUAGUUUGAUACUUUGAUGUAGCUGGACUCCCUCAAUAAUGCUCCAAUGUUAUGUUAAAAUAAUCAGAAUGAUUUAGCAUAAGCAUUGUAUCAAGAUGACCUGCAGAAUGGCAGCUGGUCAACAAAAAAAGCGGCUAGCAAGUUCUAACCUGCACGAACAAUGCCGAGGAAAGAAGAAGAAAAUGCUGGACUCAUCUGAUUACUUGUUGAAUCUGAGAUCACAUGUUGAUCUGGAGUGGGAUGACGGUCUGAAGAGAGCUGUGGCAAAGAGGGAACAAAUUGGGAUAACAUGGAUGGACAUGGCACCUUUUGUUGAUUCAAUUCCCAAGUCUCAUUCAGGUCUAGCUGAUGUUAUAUCUGUUCCUCAAGAAAUUUUUUCUUUGGAGAAUUUGACUGAGGUGCUUUCGUACGAGGUUUGGGCAACAUGUCUGUCAGAGUCAGAGAGAAAGUUUCUGACUCAGUUUCUUCCUAGUGGGACAGGUGCAGAACAAAUAGUUCAUUCAUUGCUCAAGGGGGAAAACCAUCACUUUGGAAAUUCUUACCUUAAAUGGUCUUCUUCACUUUGCUCCAGUAGUCUUCAUCCAGAUGCUGUUCUUCAUACAGAGCAGCAAUUCAGAGCCAACAGAAGGGCAUACUAUUGUGAGAUAAAUAAGUAUCAUACUGGGAUGCUUGAGGUUCUGAAAAAAUGGAAGGAGAUAUGGUUAAGCUGCAAGGAUCCAGAAAGGCUGAGGAGGGAAGGUUUUACCAAGCACAAGCAAUGGAGCUUAACAGCAUGUGCAGAAAAGACUAAAGUUCCUAAUAUAGCCAAGAAAGAAGUCCAACAUAAAAUCUGCAUCCGAAAUGGUGAUGCUGCUAAAUAUAUGUCAUUUAUUAAGAUAAGCAGGACACAGCAUCAGCAGGUUAAAAAUAUAAAGCAUUCUGGUGAUGGCAUUCAAUCAAAGUCUCUCAACCGUGUACUGGGUGAUAUUAAAAGUUUUCAUGUACAGCCAUUUGAAACAUAUGAAAAGGAAGAAAAGGAGAAGUUGUGCGACCAUUGGUUGCUGGUGGCAAAGAAAGAUCUCCCAGCAGCUUUUGAGGUCCGUAGAAAUAAAAAGUUGCAGAGAGACCAAUGGAUGAAAUCAUUGGAACAAGAACUCAUGGAGAAUAAGAAACUAAUAAUGGAUAAGGAUGAGAAGACUGAAAAUCUGGAGACCUCAACUCAAGAAUUGGUAGAAAAUGGUGAUUAUGAACAUCAAGCCAGCCCAUAUGUGGCAGAUCAAGAUGAUGCUGAUUCCCCACAUAAUUCCACACAUGAUCAUCAUCUGGAACGUCUUCCUUCGCUCAACAGUCAUCUGAAGCCAAGCACAAUAGAGCCUAGCCCAAUUGCUCUGAAUAAAGAAGCAGAGGGACAUGAUAUAUUAGAACCUACAGAAAAUUCCCCACCUCUUUCGCAGUCGUUAGAAAAACAGAAUCCUUCUGAUGAUGAUGUUACACAACCAAAGGCUUCUUGUUCAUCUGUUAAAGACUUGUGGCCAACAGAAAGCAUUCAUGAUCCUUACUACACUACUCCAGAGAACCAUGCAUGCACAUCUGCUGGUGAAUUAUCUCUUAGGCAACCCCAGCUCACUGAAGAAUGCACAACUGAUGCGAUUGAUUUAGAGAGAAACAUAAUAGAGCCAGAAGCUGGAGCCCCUGUUGCCUCAACCUUUCAUGUGGACAGUGGGGCAUCGCUCUUCUGCUCUUAUGCAAACCAAGACCACAAUGAGCUGCUUCCCAACUUUUCAAAGGGACCAGGAAUGCUAUCAUCUUAUCCACAUGAUCAAAUGAAUGGCGUGAAACAACCUGGUUUGCAAUUUUUAAUGGCCAAUGACAGCCUGCCAGAUCCUGGUCACUUCUCCCACCAAUUCCAUGAGCAACAACAGCUUCUGGGGCGGAGGCAGGCCGGAGAAAAAGAGCUUUAUGUGAAUCAGAUGAUGAACAAAAAUGUCUACUGCGAGGGCAGAUAUCCAAGCCAAGGGCACUUUUCACCAGUUGAUCAGCAGAGUUUUUCUGCCCUCCAAUCCUCUGUAAAUGGUGGAUCCAUAGGCUACAAUUGGUUUCCUGGUGAGCAUCAAGCUUAUAAUAAUUGGUCUGGAGUUGAGUCUUCAAGCAGCCGAGGUCAGUGCUUGGUUGAUGGUAGCAAUGCAGAUGGAAGCCUCUUUAGUGUUUUCUCUAACAAGAUGUCAUCAUGCCCUCCUUAUGACAAUGCAAACUCGGAACCAUAUAUCCAAGAAAGGAACUACUCGAGUGGGGGUGUUCCUACAGCUGGAAAUAUUUAUGGGUAUGCGCAUCAUCAACUUGACAAUUCAGGCAGUGAAGAAGCAGCCACAGCUCCUUCCAUGAACAAUGUGUCAUGGAUGAACUUCCCACGUCAGAAUCCUGGCCUGCAUGACCCUAUGGGAAAACCUUUUCUAAGGCCUUGGAACCGGUAG